AUGAAUUUUGAAAAUUUAAAUUUAUCAAAAUACUUAUGCGAUCAGCUUAAAGCGGUUGGUGUCAAAUCACCAACCGAAAUUCAAAAAAAUUGUAUACCAAAAAUAUUGGAUGGAAUUGACUGUAUAGGUUGUGCUAAAACUGGAAGUGGUAAAACAUUAGCUUUUGCUUUGCCUAUUCUUCAAAAACUUUGGGAAGAGCCUUAUGGAAUAUUUGCUCUUAUUCUUACACCUACUAGAGAACUAGCUUAUCAAAUUGCAGAUCAAUUUGCUGUAAUUGGUAAACCUAAGAAUCUCAGACAUUGUGUAGUUACUGGUGGAAUGGAAAUGAUAGUUCAAGCACGGGAAUUAUCAAAUAAACCUCAUAUAGUGGUUUCAACACCUGGAAGACUUGCUGAUCAUUUAGAAAGCUGUGAUACAUUUUCAUUGAAACGUAUACAAUUUCUAGUAUUAGAUGAAGCAGAUAGAUUAUUAGGAGGUAAAUUUGAUAAACAAAUAGCAACUAUUUUUAAAGCUCUUCCAAAAGAAAGACAAACUUUAUUAUUUAGUGCCACCAUGACCGAUACUCUUGAAAAAGUUAAAAUGAUUACAAAAAAAAAUACUUUUGUGUAUGAAUCAACAGCUGAAGUGAAGACCGUUGAUGAACUUGAACAAUUUUAUGUGCUUUGUCCAUAUAAUGUAAAGGAUGGAUAUUUGGUAGAAAUAGUUCGACAAUUUCGUGAAAAAGAUGAAAAGGGACUGAUUAUGAUAUUUACUGAUACAUGCAAGAACUGUCAGUUACUGCAUAUGACAUUAAAUGAAGUUGGAUUUGACACAGUGUCACUUCAUGCAAUGAUAUCUCAACGCCAGAGAUUAGCUGGGCUAGCAAAAUUCAAAUCUCAUGUUUCUAAAAUUUUAAUUGCUACUGAUGUUGCCAGUCGUGGUCUUGAUAUUCCUGCAGUAUCAUUAGUAAUAAAUCAUAUAAUUCCAAACAAUGCCACUGAUUAUGUUCAUAGAGUUGGAAGAACUGCUAGAGCAGGAAGACAAGGCCGUGCUGUAUCUAUUGUUACCCAACAUGAUAUAAAAUUAGUAAAAGCAAUUGAAGCAAAAAUUAAUAUUCGAUUAAAAGAAUAUGAUGUUUCAGGACUUCAUGUUGCCAAGAUUUUGACUCAAGUACAUGUUACAAAAAGAGAAGCUCAGAUCAAAUUAGAUGAAACUGAUUUUGAUGAACGGCGUUUAAUUAACAAAAGAAAAAAACUAAUAAAUGAAGGUAAAGACCCCGAUAAAGUAGAACAAGAAAUCAAACGGAAGAGAAAAGAAAAAAACCGACAACGAUUUGAAAGAAGAAAUUUAAAUAAUAAAAAUUGUGACAGAAAUAAUGUUAAUAGUGAACAAGAUAUAGAUAAUCAUAUUCAUAAUGUUGAAAAAUCCGAAUAA